GUAUCGAUAAAGAAACGAAGGGGCGGGGCUUAGGGGGGGUAAAUUUAAAUUUCCACGGCAAUGAGAUGGGCGAAAGGCGCGUGACAAUUAUCACAGACUUGCAGAAUGGAUGUAAGUUCGCUGGUACCGGCGGGUCUUUUAGCGGGUCAGGUGGAUCUGUACGAGGUCCAGGCCGGUUACAAUAAGUUCUCCGAAAAUCUGCGAAAGUUCACCCCCCAAGCCAUACAGUGCGCGAUCUUCUGCGGUGGUUCUAGGUGCAAAUACGAAAAUCCAAAGGCAUGGCCUCCCGUGCACAUGGCGAUACAAAACAUCUUUUCGCAUUGGGUGACGGACGACGUCCUAGCGAUGGCACGGCCGAACACCGCGCAGAUAAUAAAAAAAGACAUAAUUGCACAGUUUCAAGGGUGGAGUAUAAAAACUAUAAUAAACCUACAAACGCCGGGGGAGCAUGCGAGCUGCGGGGGGCCACUUGAGGAAAGCGGCUUCACUUACGAUCCGAAUGUCUUCAUGAAAAAUGGCAUUUACUAUUACAAUUUCGCACUGAAGGAUUACGGGGACGCAACGAUGGGCAAACUUCUGGAUAUGGUCAAGGUCGUGGCCUUCGCCGUGCAGGAAGGAAGAGUGGCAAUCCACUGUCACGCUGGCCUAGGCAGAACCGGGGUUCUGAUCGCGUGCUACCUCAUUUACAGUCUUCGUGUGCGAGCGAACGACGCCAUAAGGUUCGUUCGCAUGAAACGACCGUCCGCGAUUCAAACUCGAGGACAAAUACUCUGUAUCCAGGAGUUCGAGCACUUCGUUCUUCCACAGAUGAUAGUUUUCCCGUUGACCAGCACAAUAGGCGACCGCAAGCCCUGCAGCUUGCAGUCGCACCUCAGGAGACAGCACAACGUUCUGCACGGAUACGAGCAACGUACCUUCAAACACAUUCCAAAGAUAGUCUUCACUAUUUGCGAGCGAAUUCUUCAACUCUGCGACUGUCAGGACGAUAAUUCGCCAUGCGAGAUAAAGUACACGGUCUCCAGCACGGCGUUCACUCAGAAAUUUAUAUCUCACGUUUUGGAAAAAUUGCGCGACAGCAAAGGGAACAUAAGGCACUCUUACUCGUGGGCAGAGUACUCCCUUGCCGAUUCUUCUUUCGAUUGCUCGAGCUCAGCGAAAGCGUGCGCGAGUGGUAGCCAAGCAUCGUCGAGGGACACUUCCGAUGACAUUGGACGGUUGAGCGACGUGUUCUGCACUUCGCCUGAUACUCCAUCUUGCGACUCCACCUACCCAGGUCUCGAUGACAACUGCGUGGACGACGUUCUCGGGGACGGAAUCCAUGGUCAGGAUCUCGUCGACAACGAUUGUUACAAAGAGAUCCAAUCGCACAUGGAUCUAAAGGCUGCUGCUCAGAAUGCUACUGUCGAAACUGUAAACACCGAUGAGGCCAUAAGGGCUCUGAUUAGAGACAGCGCAGUGUUGCCCGAUAAAACGAGGAAACGCUUGCAGGAUUACCAGGUGGACCUGAACCACAGAUCCACAGCCUGGCAGCGACUAGAAAUGGAAACUGACAUAGGCGUCCUGACAGGGUUGUUAUUCGAGUGGUUGGAGACGUUGAAGCGUCCCUUGCUGGACGUGGACAGCCUGAGUUACAUCGUCGCGUGGAGUUCCAAGCCCCAGCGAUGCCUUGAGAAGCUAUCAGCUUGCAACAGAUACCUGUUGGAGUACCUGCUACGAUUUGUCAGCCGACUGAGGCCGAUGACGGCUGAGAGUCAGAGCUUGAUAACCAAGAGGUUCAUGGCUACCCUCACGCAGCAGAGUAUUUGGAUAAAAAACUCUUUCUAUCCCUCCAACAAAAAUUUCCACAAAUUACGACGAGGGACCGCGGCGAAGCUGAAUGAAUUUUUCAUUAGAUUGAUGAACCUGAUAGAGGAGGUCAAUAUACAGGAGAUGGAGAAACCUUCGUGGAUGUCCAAAUGGGAAUUAGUGUCCAACCAGUUGCGGCAAAUAGAAACGCGACAAAAGGACGAAGAGACCGUUUAAAUCGACGUUAAUAAGUACAAGGAAAUUAAUAAAAUUAUUGAGCGUCCCGUUCAAGACAUCUACAGAACGAGAAAUUUGAAUCGCGUAUAGUUCGUAGUCGAUUUGUAUUAUUUAUUUUUACAAUGGUGACAGUCAAACAUCGUAUUUUUCAAACUAAACGUGUACGUUCCAAAUUAUGGUGAACCAUCUAAAUAAAUAACGGUAUUU